GACCUCCUACAUUUCCUCGAAGUCCUCCUCUUUGUCUGUUUGUCAGUAAACAUUUCAGCAGACAGUUUGCUGCCGUGUGUCGUCUUACUCGUCACUGUAAGUCAUCGCUUGGUUUUUCUUUCUUGUGUCUGAUUUAUAAUUUUAACCUGAUUUAAUUCUGAAUUUGUUGUGCAGUGUCAACACCUCAUAUCAUGUGAACUGUCCCUUUAACUUUAACUGUCUGUCGCUCUUCAGUCAUGGGACAUGAGACAAAGUAAGUUUAAAGUGUGUUGUGAAAAAUAAAUAUAUCAGCCAGUAUCAACACAGACACUUUUAUUUUGAAAUUCUACAAAACCACUGUGAUUUCCUGAGAAGUUCGAAAAAAGAUUUUGGAGUAGAUAUUGAUAUUUGGACAGUUUUUGAUGACGUACUACAUCAGUCUCUUGAACCCACUUCCUGUUUCGUGACAUAGGUCGAAAUUCACCCCAAAAUUCCCGAUGUUUCCCGUGGCCACGCCCCCUUUUGGAUCAGCGUAACCUCUCAUCUUGACGCAUUAUUGUAGUUUUAUGUUGACGAAACGUGCAAAUCGCCACAAGGUUUAGUUCUAAGUUUAUUUCAAACAUGAAAACAUGAAAUGACAACGAACCGCUCGUAGGACUGCGCAUCGUCAUGAACGGGCCCUCGCCCCACGCAACUCGUCAAAGCCGAUUUUCAUGUAGUUCUGUCCACGUUAAGCUUUCAAAAAGUGGGAUUUUAAAGUAGUUUUCCUGCCAUUUUAAUGUCAACUACUACGUCAAAAUCCUUUGAUGACUUUUAAUCGCGAACUUGUCUGGAGCGUAAAAGAGUUUUUACGCGGCUAGCUCAAAUGUGCGAUGACGAGUUCUUUCAAAUGUGUAGCCAUUUUUGUUUUUCUUGGUGGGCAGAGCUAAUGGAAGUACAUUAUAAAUAUGUUUGGAAUCAUGAGAGUAGGAGCUUGCAAGUCAGUCUCGAGGUUUUAAAGGUUGAUUCCACCCAAAUUGGCAGCAAGAAGCAGCACCAUCAACAAUUUGCUGCAGAAUUCUCGAGUUAAUGUUGUUGCUUUUUUACUGUGAUCACAGCCUCUUCCUCAUUACAGUGUGUGUGUGUGUGUGUGGUGUGACUCAGCGAACCACACUUACAUAUGUGUGUGUGUGGUGACAGUUGAUCGAUGUUCAUCAUGAAGGUCGCUCUGCUGCUCGCUCUGCUCACAGUGGUUGAAGGAGACAGCACGAAGGUUAAAGGUCACACAGGUGAAGAGGUCACCCUGCCGUGUCACUAUGACGUGGACACUCGCGGUCUUCUGUCCGUCUGCUGGAACAGAGGACAGAUAAGAAACAGCGGCUGCUGGUCAUUGAUUGUUGAGGCAGAAAAAACAAAGGUGACAGAAGAAACCAGAGUGUCCAACAGAUACCAGCUGCUGGGACAACUGGACAGAGGAGACGUGUCUCUGACCGUACUGAACGUCACAGAGACAGACAGCGGAGUCUACGGCUGCAGAGUGCACAUUCCCGGCUGGUUCAAUGAUGACAAACACCACUUUGAUUUGACAGUGGACACAGCUCUGCUGUCGACCAAGUCCAUGCCGGUGGACACAGCGACGUCCCCGGGGACGGCGACAGACACUCACACCUCAGGUCAGAUGACCUCCUCCGCCGCCGGUGCCGCCCUCACUUCCUCCUCCGCCAGCAGCAGCAUGACCAGCGAGGACACUGAGGAAGUCAGCGCUGCGGCUGUGGCUCUGCUCUGCGCUUUCUUCAGCUUCAUUGUUUUGAUUAAGGUGGGCGGAGUCAUCAUCAUCAUCAUCAUCGCUCUAAGGAGAGAGGAGCCAGGCAGUGGACACCAUAAAACAGCAAGGUCCCAACAAGAUCCAUCUCCAAACACGACGAGCCGGGGGCAAUGUAGGUCGCGUCGGCUUCGAGACUGUGACAUCCUCAUCCCUCCAAUACAUGUGCCACCUACCACCAAGGACACUUAGCUGUGAUCCCAGUGGAGGGAGCAGCACAAACUACACCACCCAGAGGGCUUUGGGCACACGUCAGACACUGACAAGUUGAUUGUCCUGCAUUAUUCUGUGUUAGAGAUCUUCAUUGCCUCUCUUUCUCUUUCUCUCACACACACACACACACACGCAAACGCACGCAGCUUCAGUGUAAUCCUCUCAAGUCGGAAUCUUCUGGGAAAAGCAUGUGGCAAAGUGAUGGAGACGCAACAGGAGGGUGAAUAGAAUAUUAUAAUCUCGGCAAUGCAGAGAUGAUAAUGAGAAGAGAACGUGUGACAGAGAAGUGUGAAUCUGUCAGUCUCGCUCGCUAAUGCAUUCAAACUGUAAAAUGAAAAAAAAUAAAAAACAUAUGUGGCAAAGUCAAAACAUACAGAAACAUUCCACUCACAGGGAAAUGGGAUGUGUGAUACUGAAAAACAGAUUAUAGACGUUACAAUAGAAUAGAAUAAAACUGAAAAAUA